AGUUCAAACAUUAAACUAGUUUAUUGCGUACUAAUAUAUUAUUAGUAUUAAACAAAAACAGUUCAGCUAAAUCAAAAAUGUCAUUGCAUGACCUAAUGGGCAGUGACCGUCUACGUUGUAUUUUAAACAUAACUAUGCUGCUAUUUGCCAGUAUUUUGAUGAUAGUAGGUAUUGUAGAUUUGAUCUGCCAUUCCAUCAUAAAUGCCGGUGCCGUCACCUCAACCAUUGGCGGCUUUCUAAUUGUGACCAACUUUGCAAUGGGUAUUAUAACUGUCAAAUACAAACAAAUGAUUUAUCUGAUUGUUGGUAUGUUUAUCUUGAUGUUACCGCUUGAAUUGACAUCAAUGAUACUGUGUUUUGCAAAUGUUCAACCAAAUUAUUACAACUAUACUACAAAUAACAAUAUGAUAGUAUUGGGUACAUUCAAUUUGUUGGUAAUGUUGGUCCAGGCUUUCAUUGCAAUGACAACCCUAUCGGGAGACGUUUGGCGCACAGUUGGACUGUCAUUUUACAAGCCGUUCGGUAUCAAUCAGGGUUGGCCUAACGCUGAUGACCAGUUAUACGGCAAAAAAUCGGAUGUACCAUUGUUGUUGCCACCCAUUGAACAGCAAUUGCUGGCAGCAAAAACAGGCAGUACACCAGUGCUCGGAGUGUUCAAUGAUCAGCAUCCAUAUCCCAAACAAGAUUACAAAAUUUAAGUAUUUUAUCUGUAUUUUUGUGUGUACUAUGCUAACUAAGUUAAACACACACACACACACACACACACACACACACAC